AUUCGUUAAAUAUUUUACCAGGCCUAAAUUGCCAACAAAUCUUUUGAAAUUAUGGCUUUUGGGCUUUAUUCGUUAAUAGAAGCUGUAAUAUUAUGUUUAAAUGCAGUGUGUAUCCUUCACGAAGAAAGGUUUUUAUCUAAGAUUGGUUGGGGCACAGAUCAGAGAGGGUUCGGUGAGCAGCCUGGGAUGAAAACACAAGUGAUGAAUUUAAUACGCUCAAUAAGAACAGUUAUGAGAAUACCCCUGAUAGGCAUCAAUGUUAUAGUGAUAGGAUUUAUGUUAGUACUUGGAUGAUGAAUGGAGAGAGAAUGAACAUGCUUGAUAAACUUGUAAAUGUAAGAUAUAUACAUACAACUGUGAAUGAACAGAUAUUGGUGCAAUGGAUGAAAAACAGAAAUAAACACGUCAAAUAUGAAACACCAAUGGUUGAAACUUCAAAUAUGAAAACGCCAGGGUUCACUGAUAGAAUACUUUGCAAAAGGAUAGAAAAGAAUUACAUGACCUGAAGAUCUUGUCACCUUAGAGCAAUAACUGGUAUUAAAUUUAGAAGGACUUUACCUGCUAUUGCACUGAGAUGACAUAUAUGGACUACAUGUAUUUAUUGACUAUUUGAUUUUAGUGUAGUGUUUGGGUCUAUACAGUGUAUUGUCUAUGUUGUAUGGACCAAAGUUAUUUGAAUGAACAUCUAUUUCAGUAAAGACUUUUAUUGUAUGUACAUGUACUCAAUAAUUUAUACAAAAAAUGUAAGGAUUGUAUGUUGAUUGAAAUUACAGAUGUAAGGUACUACAUUUGUAUAGAAUGUUCAGUGUUAAUUGGAUGAUGACAUUGGUUAUAUUAAACCCAUGAAAAACAAGAUAGAGAGUUUUUAAAAUAUCAUUAUGAUGGCUUAUAUAUAUUAAUAUAUUUAUCUAUUAAUUUUGUAUUCAUCUGUCCAUCUGUAAGUGCAUUAUUAUAUGGCGUUUAAAAUUAUAUUUAACAUACAAAUUGUUUACGAUCAGCGUAUUGUUUUUAUCAAGAAUCUAUUUUAAAGCUUAAUGUCCUGUAAAUAUCAUGAAUUCAGAAUAGUUAUUGUUUUCUUUUUUUUGCUUUGAUAAAAUUGCCUUCAAAGGCCUUUUAUAAUCGUCUUUAAGGAUAGCAUGUAUUUUUGAAUCUAAAUUUAGUUGAAUUACUUGAAAUAAAUCUGGGGUACACAAGUGACAUUGAAUUGUAUAGGCUAGCAAGAUAAUAUAAACUAUAUUGCCCAAGAAUUGAAUAGGCAAUGAUAAAGAAGUUUUUUUGGUCAUUUUGAAUUGUGGAUCUCCAACCUUUACCCUGCUGAAACUGAUAGUAACUUAAAUGUAGUCUUUCCUCGAUCUGACCUGUUAACGCUGCAUGCCUCCAGAUGAGCCAAAAUAUUAUUUUUUUGAAAAUACACUUGACAAAAAGUACUAAGAUUUCACGAAAAGUAUAAAAGAUUCAAGGUUCAAGUAAUAAAUUACAUGUUAUGUAUGAAAAAGGACUGAAUUUGCAGUAUUUCAUUUUAUCACUACAUUUCUACUGCGUUACUGGUGCAGUAAGGGCUAUUUUUGCUUGUUUUGACCAGUAAUUUAUGUGGAUUGCAAGUGCUGUUUGCAAUGUGUAAAUUAUUUUCUUUGUAUACUUCAUAAUAUUUUAUUUGUAAAUUCGUUUUUAAAAGAUCAUAAAAAAUAACACUAAUCUGGAGGCAUACUGCUUUAAAUGAUUAAUAUCUUAUUAUAGAUGUAAGAUAGCUGCGCCAUGACAAAACCAAACAAGUGCAUUUGCGACCAGUAUAAAUCCAGACCAGACUGCACAUCCACGCAGUCUGAUCAGGAUCCAUGCUGUUCACUUACAAACCCUAUACAUGUAACAAGAAGAGAAAUUGAUAGCAAACAGUGGAUGCGCAGGCUGGUCUUGAUCCAUGCUGAUCGCAAACGCACUAUGUUGGUUAUGUCAUGGCGCGGCUCAUAUGUUAAUGUUUGCCAUUGAUUCUAAUUAGUGACAUAUGUUUGUAAAAGGUAUUCUUCAGUCAAUAAACUGUGAUCUAUCCAGUUAUUUUUUUUAUUAAAUAACACAUCAUA